CCGGCUCUCAUGCGGUCCCAGCAGUCUCACACGAGGCCUUGCCUGGACCUGCAUCAGCAUUUAAACACGGGCAGCAACCCACUUUGGCUAGCUUUGUUCUCGUUCCGGAUCGUCGCCGCCGUGCCCGUACGUCUUCAACAGCAGCCCGCGUCACGUAUUGGCGCCGCCCUCCCUCUCACCAAACAGUCUCGGAGACAUCGUGUUACAGGCACCAAUCAUCAACCACAUUCAUUGUUGUCCACCGAUAACUGCACCAAGACGUCGACAACAUGCCGGCAAGCAACGCUCCCGACCGGAGCGUGGAGCUCAGGACGGUCGCCAUCGUGCUAUGGAGUCUGGCUGCGGUCGCCAUGUCUCUACGCAUCUAUGUUCGAACCAGAAUCAUGAAGGCCUUUAGCAUAGACGAUUGGUUCAUGCUGUUUGCAAUGGCAUCAUUCACCGCCAACACCGUGACGUCUGUCCUCGGCACAGUCUAUGGCUCUGGUCGCCACAUCACCGACUUGGUGAUCACGGAUGCAAUGAGGGCCAUGAUGUUCUGGUGGGCAUGCUAUCCCACCUUUGCCAUCACCAUGAUUGCCUCCAAGUUCUCGGUCGGCUUCUUCCUGUUACGCAUCACGACGCAAAAGGUCCACCGCUGGAUCAUCUUCGUCGCCAUGGGUCUCUCUCUCGCCACCGGUCUAGCCUUCUUCUUUGUUGCCAUCUUCCAGUGCUCGCCCGUCGAAUUUGCCUGGACUCGCUUCGUCUCGACCAAUGGCACCUGUCUCGCCCUCGACACCAUCAUCAAGGUCACCAUCACGUACAGCACUUUUGCCAUCAUCACCGACUUCACCUUCACGCUGCUGCCGGCAUGGCUCGUGCUGAACCUGCACAUGGACAAGAAGACCAAGAUGGCCAUCAUCCCUAUCCUGAGCAUGGCCUGCAUUGCCAGCUGCGCCGUAACCGUCCGCCUCGCCUUCCUCAACGACUUUACCAGCCCCGACUUCCUCUGGGCAACCACCGACAUCGCGAUCUGGUCGCAGACCGAGCAAGGCCUCGCCAUCGCUGCGGGUAGCUUCGCAACCCUGCGCCCGCUGUUCCGCAUCAUGAUGACCAGGCUCGGCCUCACGAGCGGCGGCACCUCGGGCCCGACCUACGGCAACCAGUCCGCCGGCGGCGGCGGCCCGAGGGGCGCCGGCAACACGGGCGGGUACAAGAUCAAGAGCAACAGCACGUUUGGCGGUGGUGGCGGCGGCAGCAGCAGCAAGCAGUCGUCCAAGGCGGACGGGAAGCACAGCAUGUUCAGCCUGACGACGUUCCACCGCAUCGACGACGACGCCUCGGACGAGAUCGAGAAGGGCCUCGGCAGCAGCAGCGCGUCAACCACCGAGCUCAACUCGCCGUUCGCGCAAGGGCGGAUGCGCCAGGACAGCGAUGAUGGCGCCGUGGCUGAUGGUACCGGCCACGGCGAGUACAGGGUGAGGGUGUCGUCGCCGCCGCGGACAAGGGGUGUUGGGACUGAUCCUAGGAUCCCGCCGCACCACGACUUUGAGAAUGUGUAUGUCGGCGGGCGGGCACCUCGUGGUGGUGAUCGGUAUUAAGUGGAGCUGGGCUGUGUCUGUAAGGGGUCGAAGUCUGAUAGGAGACUGGCCUCAUGGACAGGGGUGCUUCAUGUGUGUGCGUGUGUGUUGGCGUCAAGCGAGAUACCCUUUGGCGUUGUUGUGUGCGGAUGAGCUUUUCCUUUUGGUUUAGGGCACUCAUUCUAUAUCGGUCAAUAGCUUAUUUCCCUUCAUAUUUCAGAUUCAACGCUUCAGCCAAAUAUACCAUGAACAAUGGUGAUGCAUUUUAGAAAA